CAGGUCUAUCGUGCCUUUGGAUUAAAUAGAUCAGUUUCAAAGGUUUGGAGUAUAUCAUGUAUGAUUUAUUAUGGGGAACAAAUGGCACAAGGUAGAGAUUUACCCAAACCAUACCAACAUAUCCAUGAUGAUCCCAUACAGAUGGGAGGUGAUUUUAUAAUUGAUAAAGAAGGUAAAAUGAAGUUAGUAUAUUGUAGUAAAGCAUCCAAUGACAGACCUAAUGUGGAACAUGUUUUAAGAACUUUACAGGUAUUAUUAAUAUUUAUUUCACUAUCAUUGAAAUCUUAA